CUCUCCCUCUCCCUGUCUCUGUCUCUGUCUGUGUCUUCGCUCCGAGUUAUAAAUAAAUAAAUAAAUCAAUCAAUCAACAACACAACAACAACAGAUCAAGAAGUCCAAUAAACGACUUCUUCCAAAGUUGAAAUUUUGGUGUUCUUUUUUUUUUUUUGGUUCGAGAGAGAGAGAGAGACCCUAGAUUGAUCUUCAACACCCCCUUCCCCCCUCUCUCUGUGAGCUGCGUGUGUGUUCUUUUCUUGUCAAAUUGACUCCAACCCAGACCGAGAGCAGAGUAAGCGGGAUCGUGUACUGUUGCAGGCAGAAGCUGCCUGUACUAGGGUUUUGAAUUAAACUGGAAUUGGAAUUUGACAGCUGCUACCUUUUCUUUUCUUUUGACUACCUCGAAUGCUGCUGCUUGCUGUCUCGUGUUGGAUAAUUCCCUCAAGUUGUGCUAGUGGGAUCUUGAUCGGGAUUUGGGCUUGAUUCCAUUCAAAUUUUGCUCCUAUCAUUAUUCCAACUCAGUUUCCCAUCCUCUCCCACAAACUGAAACGAAAAUACUAGAAGUUCUGACCCGUCAUUUCAUAUACAAGCGCCAAGUUUGAACUUCUAGUUCUCAAGUUUCCUUCCUUUCCCAUAUGUUGGAGUACGGAUAGUCAGUUCUCUAAUCACAGUUUUUCAUAUAAGAAAGGUAUAGCAAAUCUUUCAACAUGGGAUGCCUGGUAUCGACCCCAAAGGAAUCUGGGGGAAGCCGAAGGCGUCCAGCAAACAUUGGGGAAGUUUCAGUUUUUGUUCCCGGCUUGCGGAUCCCUAAACCCGUGGAUUUCUCUGAGUCACUUGGUGAUCAUUUGUCUAAAACUUUAGUUGAGCGACUUUCUGCUCUUAGAACCCGAAUAGUUGUAAUGGCUGGCCAAGAAGCUCCAACAAUUACAAGAACAAAGAGAAAAACUGCUACUCAACAUGGAGGUUCAACUUUGAUGGAUCUUCAGCAGGCACUUGAAGACUAUUUGCCAGUUCUUCUAGGAUUAGUAAAAGCUGGAAGCCCUUUGCAACACAUGGUACAGUUUGUCUGGGUUAAUCAGGAGGAUGAUUCAGAGGAGACAGCAAUAUCUAAUGCAUGGUAUGAGGUUUUGUCAGUUUUGCACUUGCUGGCUAUGCUAUCAUUAUCACAAGCUAACUUGCUGCUACUUCCAAGAACAUCGGCUGAUGGAUAUCAACCGAAAGUGUCAGAAGCAGAGAACAAGCGGGCUUCAAUUGAAAUAUUUAUAAAAGCGGCUGGGUUCCUCGAUUGUGCUGUCAGACAAGUUCUCCCUCUGUUGCCUGCUGAACUGAGGAGAGAUUUACCAGUGGACCUGGCUGAAGGAGUACUGCGGGCUCUCUGUCUUCAAGCAUUAGGCCAGGGUAUUGAUAUUCAACUUGGGCUGGCAAUUGAUAGUACCAAAGCCACACUUGCAGUGAAGCGACGUCUAGCUUGUGAGAUGGUGAAGUACUGGCAACAGGCUCAAGACAACAUAAUGAACCUUCCACUGUCAAAUGGUUGGGGUGAAAAGCACCGUCUCUUUGUGAAGUGGAAGUACAUCGAAGCUAAGGCUGCCGCAUAUUAUUACCAUGGUUUGAUCCUUGAUGAGGGAAACACGGAGAAAUCACAUGGGAUGGCUGUAGCUGCUUUACAAGCAGCUGAUGAGUAUCUCAAGGAAAGCAAGAAAGCAUCUGAAGCUUUCAAUAUAGUUCCUCCUCUAUCACGAAAUCCUCCUCUUUGGGGAACCAUGAAGUAUCUGUCUGAGAAGAUCCCAAAAGACACCUCAAGCAAGGUGCGGAUAAAUCGGGAUCUUUAUUCCCAUGAGAAAAUCAUGGAGACAGCACCAACAUUGCCUGACUUUGCUUUGUCCUUGAAACCUGAAGAGUAUCAACUUCCUCAAGUGCAUGUCUCUUGGGAUGAUGAGAACGUAAACAAAGUGCAAUAUGGCUCGGACAAACCCAAGAAUGAUAGAACAUAAGGCAUGGUUGCUUGUGUUCUUCCAGGGCUAAGAAGAUUGGCUUUUUGACAUGGUAAUCCGGGCUUCUUCAAGUAUUGUUUUACCGAAAGGUCAUAAAUAGCUCUUCUGCUCCUUACAGAAAUCUUUGUCCAUUUUCCUGGGAGAUUUGUGAAUCACCUGUAAAAGAGCUGUGUACAGGUCCCAGUUGUGCGUGGACUGACUCUCUAGGAAAUGGGACAUUUGUAUCUUUCAUUUCUUAAAUAAUGAUCAUUAAGUGGGAGUGAGUUAAAUUGUUCAUUUGUUUGAGCGGAUCACGUCCGUACACGUCUGUUUGUAAAAUUGACUAUUACAUGAAAUGACAAAUUAUCUCUGAAGCAUCUUUGUUUUAA